CUGGACCUCUAGCCUGCCCUGUACGGGUUGUCAAGAGGUCCAACUCCGGGUCUAGAUGUCUGGUUACCGGACCCCUAGCCACUUCCAUCUGAGAAGCUGAUUCUAGAGGCACGGAUUCAUACCUCCAGCAUGUCCAGACAAGCCUGUUAGGUGUCAAGGGAUCAUGGUUUAAGAUUAAAGAAUUCAAGACUGAUAUAUGAAGGUGGACCAAAACGCACAUAAAACCCACAUUGAAAGAACCCUAGAUGAGAAGAUUUUAAUCUAAAUUACCAAAAUGUGUCUUCAAGCAAAAAGGAAGAAGUACAUGUAUAUGAGCAUGUGUUCAUGCUGCCAUGCUGUUUCUAAGUACUCUUCAGCAGUAAAAACACAUUUAGUACAUGAACAUGCACAGCAUCCUGUCAAAAAGGGGCUAAAAGUGGUAAUUCCAGUGAGGAUAGACAGAAGAUAUGAAAGGCAUAUUGGAAUGUCACUUGACAAAAAGAGAUCAUUAAAAGAUCUUAAACGUGGAAGUCAGAAGCCUGCAUAUUUACCUCAGAAAGAGAAAAAUAUAGAGACUGAAAAGGACAAAAACAUUUCCAAAUCUUCUCACAAAAGAAAUCUGAUUCAAGAAAAUUCUAUCUUAUGCACAUUUUGUAAGAAAAAGUUUGAUAAUCUAAUGAGCUAUAUUGUGCAUUUAUCAACAGAGGAUCACAGAAAUAUGAAAAUAUGUUUCAAAUGCACCCAUUGUGAUAGUCUGUGUCAAAACCUAGGUGAACUUGUAAAUCAUAACAAGAAACAUAACACAGAAAAUUUAAGUGUUUCCCAGUUGGAUUGUUUUGAUUCGGGUGACAGUGAUAUUAUUACAGAUGUUUGCAAUCUGCCAUGUCCAUACUGUUUUACUUCAUUUCAAGAAAUUGAACAGAUUUAUAAACAUGUAGGAGAUGUGCACUGCGGCCAGAUAGACGUUAUGAAGAUAAAAACUGAGGAAGAAGACGAAGCAGAAAACCAAGGACAGAAAUGUGUGAUAGCAGUUUUCAAAUGUAAAUACUGUAAUGAAUCUUUUCAUGCCCUAAACGAUAUCAUACAACAUGUAUCGGAGAAACAUAACAUGACCGAAAGACAAACAAGAAAAAGGACCUUGCCAAAAUGGCUUCAAGAGUACGAGGAAGAUGAGAGAAGCCAAAUUAAAAAGAUAAGAAAUGAUUUAAAUAGCAGGAAGAGUCGCAGCAGAAACAAUUCCCCAAAGAAAAAAGUCGUUCAAAACCUUCCUGUGGAUUUAUCUCCUAUAGUUGUUCUGGAAAACAUUGAAUUUGAUGUAGAUGGUGGAUCGUCUGGAAACAGAAAUGUAACUGUGCAAAGUGCCCUUGAAUUUUCUAACAAAACAGUGCAAGAUAGCAAUUUUUCUUCCUUUAGUCAUAAUCAAAAUGCAGACAAAAAUGAAGGUCAAAGAAAAGAAGCAAGUGAAUUGGAUCAUGAUUAUUUUAUAAAAGAUGGAAUGUCCAGACAAGCAGGUGAAAAAUUGCAAGACCCACUUGACCAGAACAAAAGUUUAACAAUAACUGAUUAUAAUGAAGAAUCACUUAUAACAGAAGAUAUAGAUGAACACAUGGACUGUAAUUCUGAUAGUGGUUAUAGACCUGAAGACAAAAGCAAUUCUGGAAUGAAACAAAGAAGAGUUCCAGAACCAGAAAUAUUCAAAUGCCCAUACUGUGAAAGUAAACAGUAUCCGUGGUUAAAAUCACUCAAUCGACAUAUUAAGGUUAAGCAUCCAGAUGAUGAACUGUUAAAGAUUAAAGACUUUAACAAAAGAAAAUCAGACCAGAAUUUUUCAGGUUUGUCUUAUGAUGACUACAGACCAGAAGAUGAAAACAAUUCUUAUUUGGGAAAGAAUGGAAGUCAGGAAGGAGAGUUGUUCAAAUGCCCAUACUGUGAAGGUAAAGAAUAUCCACGAAUGAAAUCACUCAAUCGACAUAUAAGAGAAAAACAUCCGGGUUGUGAUACAAUAACGGCUAAGGACAAGGCAAAAAUAUAUGAACAAAACCAAUAUAAAAGUCCAGCAACAGAUUACCAAAAGGAAGAAACCAUAAUGAACGAGACUGAUGACCCAAUGGACGAAACAUUAACGACAGAAACUGAUAACCAGAUGAAAGAAACUCUUUUGACAGAAGCUAUUGAUGAACAUUUGGAAGGUGACUCUGAUGAUGAUUAUAAACCAGAAGAAGAAAGUAAUUCUGAACUUUCUGAUUCAGAAGAGAAGACAUCUCCCAGGCUCAAAAUGUUUAAAUGUGAACACUGUGAGGGUAAAGAAUAUACCCAAAGGAAAACCCUAGUUAGACACAUAAAACUAAAGCAUCCAGGUAUUAUGCAGGUGAAUACUAAGGAGGAGAAAAAGUAUUAUACAAAAAGAAAAGAUAAUGAAUUGUGUUUUAGGUAUAAAUGUCCAUUUUGUGCGUUUUCUUUACACCACAGAGAGUAUGUUUUCAGUCAUAUAGAGAGAGCUCAUUCUGAAGUUCUGCACUUCACACUAGGUGAUAUUGUAAAAGAGCCAGUUACAACAAAGAAAAGUGAAAUAAAUAGGGAAUGCUUCCAUUGCCCACAUUGUGACUUUAUUAGUAGAUGGAAGGCAGAUUUGAAGUCUCAUUGUAUUUACCAUCAUCCUGGUGAAAAUCUUCCAAAUAACAUACCUUGUAUAUUACCAGGUAAUUGGGUCGAUAGGUAUUCUCUUUCUGCUAAGUUGUUAUGUCCACUUUGUCAGGCUGUUACUGAAGGAAAGGAAAAUUUACAAAAGCAUCUCAGGGAACACGUGUCAGGCAAGGGUAUGAACAUUUCAUUCCAUACUUCUUUGCCUGAACCCGACACAAUGGGAAAACAGCCAUUUAAAAAACUGACAUGUUUCCUUUGUCCAUAUUGUGAUUGUGUUUUCAAGCGUAAAGAUAGCUACCACUUUCACCUGAACACUCAUGAAGAACGAAUGAAAGAGCGAAGUGAGUCCCCAUCAAUAAAAUGUGUUGUGAUCAAACAAGAGUCAGCAUUACCAUUUAGUAAUAAAACCACAAGGUCUGAACAUGCUAAGCAUACUAAUGAAGAAAAUGGGAAUGUUACAAAUGACCCUGCUAGAAAGACACAUGAGCAGACAAAAAGUGCUCAGGGAAAAGAAAAUGCAGAAUUCGAAACUGGAAAAGUUUUAUCAACUGAUAUUAAAAUCAGAGGCAAAGAAAAUUAUUUGAACCUAAAACAUAAUGAGAUUAAGGUUGACACAAAUGUGAAUAUUUCUCAUGAUAAGUCAAAACUAGUUGCUGGUACAUACAUUUGUCCAGUAUGUGAUCACUUUAAAACAUUUUCCAAAGAGAUUGCAGUCAGACAUGUUGAAGAUAAUCAUAAAAGCAAAAUAUCAGAGAUUGAUAUUAUGUAUAUUGUGCCAUUUAUUUUUCUAGAGGGAAAUAAAACAGAUAUGACUGUUAAUAAAAAUACAACAUUCAGCUUUGGAUGUAGAUCUUGUACUUUUUCAUCAGUUAUUAUUACUGAUGCUGUGAAACACAGUAAAAAACAUAGAAUUGACAUAGGAAAAGACAUUGAAUAUGGGAUGGAAAAUUCAAACCUGGAAAUCAUUCAAUCUAACAUGGAAUAUGGGAUUGAAUUUUCAAAUCAGGAAGAUGUUCAGGAUACAGAUACAGUAGAACCAAAGCUUAAUCCAUUGUUUGAUAUUGUUUCAUGUCCAAGUACAGAAUAUGGAAAUAGUGAUGCAUUAUAUAAAUGUUGGUCAUGUGAUCCCUACUAUUUGUUUAAGACGAGGAAGGGCUACAGGAAACACAUGAUAACUCAACAUGAAGAUGCCAUUCUAUGUGAAGUCGGGGAAGCUAUGAAUCAGAUUCUAGAGCUAAUGGAAGAUAAAGAAAGUAAGAGAUAUUUAUGCCUAAUGUGUAGUGAAACAAUGGAAAGUGAACAAGAUCUGGUAGACCACUUCAAGGCUAGAUAUCCAGAUAAAGUCAGUGAGCUGAUUGGUCAGUUGAAUAAUAAGCCAAAUAUGAAAAAUAAGCAAAAUUUGACAGCUGAGAGUGAGUGUGAGAUAUGCGACGCAGGUUUCAGUGAUGAUUUCGCAUUGAGGAGGCAUCUUCUGCUGCAUCUUAACAAGUUCAAGAUCCACUGCCCAACAUGUGGCAUACUUUUUCAUACGAAAGAAGAGGUGGCCACACAUAUUGCUGGAGUACAUUCAAAAUCUACUGAAAUGUGUAAUAUUUGUGGAAAAUUGUUUUGGUCUCACAAAGAUUUUCUCAGGCAUAUGCGUGGGCACGAGCCGGGUGCAGAUGGCACAAAAGGUGCAAGAAUGCUGUGUCAACAUUGUGGAACUGAAAUCAGAAGACAAAGCUUUAGAAGACAUCUUCUUCGUUACCAUGCCAACCAUAUCACAUGUGAGUGUGAUAUAUGUACCACACAGAAAGCUCCAGCUGGAGUUACACCUUUGAUGUGUAAUCUCUGCAGUAGAGUAUUUUGUACAAACUUCUUUCUGACUGCACAUCAGAAAAAGGAACAUGGUAUGCAAAAUAAUACUAAACAAGAUAAACACAACAGUGAUGGAGAGAAAGGCAGUGAAGAAUUCAAGUGUAUUGGAUGUGAUAUGAUAUUUGAAAGUCAAAGCAGUCUACAGUUGCAUAGUCAUCACUGUGAUAAAAGCCAUAGAACCCUAAAACUUGAAGAGGAUGGGAAACGGACAGAAAUGUCGGAGAGUGAGUUUGAUAUGAAUGAUAAAGUGUUGCUAUCAGCAAAUAUUAGUGCAGAGGACAUAAAAGAAAACUUUUUAGAAUAUAAUAGCAGCUCUAACCUUCCGUACACUUGUCUUAUCUGUCGUAGAUCCUUCAGGGUCCCGAAGUAUAUGUACGAACAUGUUCGAAGAAAACAUGCAAGUGCUGAAAGCAAACGCUUUCGUUGUAAAGUUUGUAAAAUGACUUUUAAUAGAUCAAGUUCACUGAAACAGCAUUGUAAACGUCACAUUGGAAUACGGCCCCAUCAGUGCAACAUUUGUAAAAAGGCGUUUAAAACGACAUCUCACUUGAAGGAACAUACUCGUAUUCAUACAGAUGGAGAGGCACCACAGUACACUUGUGGAUACUGUGGAAACAAAUUUCUUCAAAAUGGCGCCCUAAUGGCACAUGUUAUUCAUCAUGAUAAGCUUCGACCGUAUAAGUGUCCUUUCUGUCAGAGAGGUUACACAACUACUGGUGAUCUGAAACGACAUAUGGACAAGUAUGAUAAAAACAUUGAAAAAAAGGGAUUAAUAUGCAGUUACUGUAAACAGCCGUUUCCAAAUAUUCAUUAUCUAUUGAAGCAUUUUCAAACCCAUUUCAUUAAAGACCCGUUUCAUUGCACUAUUUGUCAAAAGAAAUUUUCAUCAUUUCGUGAGAUGUACACACACAAAGACCAGAACAAGCAUUUCACUGAGUCUGAAUUCAAAGAGGCUAAUAAUGAUUUGCUAACUCCAGGACGAAUGUUUAGAGGGAAAUUUAACAGAAGAAGUAAAGCUACAAAAGCCAAGGAUAUAAACAGAGAAACUGCUCUUGCCACUGCAAGUUUAGACAAAGCACCUGGAGAAAAUGAUCAGCAGUCUGAAAAAGUGGUUUUUGAAGAAGAAGGUUGUGUUGAAAUUGAGAUACCAAACAAUUUGUUAGAUAGUCAAGAUGAAUCUGCAAAGGAUGCGCUUUCAUUGUUUCAAAAUAAUGUGAUUCAGAGCAUGAUGGACAUUGUUGAAGAGGAACAUGAUUCUGAUAAGGAGGAAAAAGAACAAGUAUAUGAUUAUGGGCAACAGAACCAAGUGGAGUAUGUCGUUGAAUUGGCCGAUUUAAAUGCACAGUCAGAUGUGCCAGUUACAACUGUUGUGGGUUCCAAAAAUGUUGAAGCAAUCGAGACGGAGAAUGUAACAACUCGCAGGGAGACAGAAACUGAUCUUGACGAACUAGCUUCAUUAGUGGCUCAAAAUGUUCAGAGUCAAGAAAUGGGUAAAACACAAACAUACCAGACUGCUGAUGGGUCUCUUAUCCAUGUCUGUGUAAUAAAACCAACCAAAUAGUAACACAGGGCAAAGUUCAACUGGUAUGAUAAACAGCUAAAUGACAAAUUCCUUGUCAGUUCAAAUUCAGUUAGUAGUAUUUGGAGUGACAGAAAAUUACAAGGAAAUUCUCCUUCCUGUUGUUUCAAGAAAUACUGAUAUAUGUUAGAUGAUUUAAACAGUGCAAAUUACAGCUUGUUCUUUUAUCAGUUUGUGUGAAGCUACCUAAACAUGUGCAUACUUGAGGUAUGCAUACAUAUAUGAUCUCAUAAACAAGUUGCUUAGGUAAUUUGGAUAUCAGUAUUAAUUGCUGCACCAGGAAUUGCUUAAAAUUCUAACUUCUUCUGGAUACAUUUUCAAGUACCAGCUUGUGGUCAGGUAUUGACUUUGAUUAGGGUGAUGUAUCUAGACUUGUUACUGUACUUUAUCUGUUUUGUAUAGUAUUGUUAUGUUAAUGUUAAAUGUAUUAAAUUUUAGUUUUGUUUUUGAUUUUCAUUGAUAUACCUGACAUAUUCUAAAGCGUUCUGACGCAAGUAACUGAAAAAGAUGUUAAAAUUGGUUUGAUUUUAAUGAAUCUAUGUAUAUUAUUAUGUAAAAAAUGUUUACAAUUCUAAGAAAUAUU